CGGGGAAGGGGCUGGCCCCGGAAGGAGGAGGAAACUCUGAAAAGAAAACAGCAACAAGCCGAGCUGCUGUGACAGAGGGAAACAAAAUGGCGGCGCCGAAGUGGAGCCUCUGGGUCGGGGCCCAACUGGGGCUCCCGCCGCUGCUGCUGCUGACCAUGGCCCUGGCUGGGGGUUCGGGAACUGCUUCAGCGGAAGCGUUUGACUCGGUCUUGGGUGAUACGGCUUCUUGUCACCGGGCCUGUCAAUUGACGUAUCCUUUGCACACCUACCCCAAGGUGCCUUCCAGUUUGUAUACAGUGGAUCACACAGAGGAGGAGUUAUAUGCAUGUCAAAGAGGUUGCAGGCUGUUUUCAAUUUGUCAGUUUGUGGAUGAUGGAACUGAUUUAAAUCGGACCAAAUUGGAGUGUGAAUCUGCCUGUACAGAAGCAUAUUCCCAAUCUGAUGAGCAAUAUGCUUGCCAUCUUGGUUGCCAGAGUCAGCUGCCGUUUGCUGAACUGAGACAAGAACAGCUUAUGUCCCUGAUGCCAAAAAUGCAUCUGCUCUUCCCUCUGACUCUGGUAAGGUCAUUCUGGAGUGACAUGGUGGAUUCUGCACAGAGCUUCAUAACUUCUUCAUGGACUUUUUAUCUUCAAGCUGAUGAUGGAAAAAUAGUUAUAUUCCAGUCUAAGCCAGAAAUCCAGUAUGCACCACAAUUGGAGCAGGAGCCUACAAAUGUGAAAGAAUCAUCACUAAACAAAAUGUCCUCAGAUCUGCAAAUGAGAAGUUCACAAACACAUGGGAACUAUCUCACGGAUGAAGAAAGCGAUGGCUUUUUAAGAUGCCUCUCUCUUAACUCUGGGUGGAUUUUAACCACAACUCUUGUCCUUUCGGUGAUGGUAUUACUCUGGAUUUGUUGUGCAACUGUUGCUACAGCUGUGGAGCAGUAUGUUCCCUCUGAGAAGCUGAGUAUAUAUGGUGACUUGGAAUUUGUGAAUGAACAAAAGCUAAACAGAUACCCAGCUUCUUCUCUUGUGAUUGUUAGAGCUAAAGCUGAAGAUCAUGAAGAAGCAGGGCCUCUACCUACAAAAGUGAAUCUUGCUCAUUCAGAAAUUUAAGCUUUGUUUUUUAAGGGUAAUAGACAUCUAAAUUUCCAUUCCUCAUAGAGCUUUUGAAAAUGGUUUCAUUGGAUAUAGGGCUUAAAAAUCACUAUGAAAUGCAAAUAAAGUUACCAAAAUCUGUGAAGACUGUAUUUGCUAUAAGCUUACCUAUACAUUUUUUCUAGUAAUUUAAAAGAUGGGUAUUUGGGAAUGUGUUUUUAUUUUACUAAUAUCUGUAGCUACUUUAAUUGUUAUUUGCAUUGUUUUGUUUGUUUCCUUUCUUAGCCAAAUUCUGUGAGCUGAUCGUUGUUCUUCCCCACCUCCUACCAUGAUGCUGUCAAUUACCUUAGUUAAAAAGCUAAAUACUCAGUAGGAUAUCAUGCUUCUGCUCAGAAAUGGCCCACAACCUGUAAUUUGAAAUUUAGCUGGAAGUGCCCUUUAAUGACACUAUAUUUUCAGUUGAAUUGAACUGAAAUCAUUAAAAUUUUAUUUGAAUAAUUA